GAUAAUAUUCAACUAAAUUGAAUUGGUCGGCUACUGUGUACUAAAAUUGUACCUUAAGUACUUGCAAAAACUUGCAUGGCCUGCCCAUGUAUUUAAGAUGAUUACUUAACUAAAUGCCAAGUGCCAUUUAGGUGGACUAGGUUGUCAUAAAGCUAGAAAUGGCAUAUUAAAGAAAGAUUUUAGUUGUAAUUUCACAAAUUGAACGACAUUUAUCUAAUUUUAUUUUCUCAACUUCUUGUUCAUUACAAUGCUCAAAUAUGACGCAAAGUAAUGAAAAAGAUCUUUAUUGAAACAGCCCCCUGAAGUUUGUCUUUUUUUUUUGUCGAUAUAAAAUAGUAGUAUGUAACCUGAAAUGCAAUAUGUAUCCGAAAAUUAGUAUCCGAAUACAACACUUAGAAAUAAACUACCUUUCAUACGAGCAUGCUUUUAAAGAUAGCAAGUGCAAAUUGAUAUUAACAAAAAGCGUGAAAACCUCUAUAUACCUUUUAAUGUGAGACGUAAAGAUUGUUUUACAAAGAUUCAAACCGUUGACGUCUUGUCAUAACAAUUUACUGUUGCACCGUCAAAUGGGUUCAACACAAAGAUGUCAUUAAGAGUUUUGAAGCCUCUUAUUCUCGGGAAUGGGUAUUUGAUGCCAAGACUUGGAAUAGGAACAUACCAGAUACGUGAAGACCUGUGCAAGGAGAUUGUCCAUAGAGCUGUGACACUUGGAUACAGACAUAUAGACACAGCACAAGUGUAUGAAAAUGAACAAGAUGUUGGGGCUGGCCUGCAUGCAGUCGAGAAACACAAGAUUUGUCGACGUAAUGACCUCUUUGUAACUACUAAAUUGUCUAACAUCUCCUUACAUCCUCGUGAUGUCCGUCCAAGCCUGCAAGAGUCUUUGGAAAAGCUGAAACUCCGACAUGUUGACUUGUUUCUUAUCCAUAGUCCAUGGGGAUUGGCGAAUAGGGGUGAUGGUAAUUUACGCCCUCAAUUGAAAAAUGGAACAUUGGAGUAUGCGAGAUAUGACAUUGUCCAAACAUGGAAUGCAAUGGAAAAUCUUGUUAAAGAGGGCUUGACCAAAUCUAUAGGAAUAUCAAACUUCACUCAGAACCAAAUGGAGAAGAUUUUUGUAACUGCAAAAACAAAACCACAUAAUGUUCAGUUUGAAUGUCACGCAUAUUAUCAACAAAAUGUGCUAAGAAAAUUUCUAGGAGAAAGUGGUUUAAAUGCCAUAACAGCCUAUAGCCCAUUGGGAGCACCUACAAGGCCAGAAAGACAUGUUAUACCGGAGAAUAAGUUUGAGAUUCUAUUGGGAGACAGGACUGUUUUAGAAGUUGCCCAGAAAUACAAUGUCUCAUCAGCUCUUGUAUUGUUACGGUUCUUGUUAGAACAAAACAUGGCUGUGUUGGUGAAGACUUCAAAUUUUGAUAGGUUAGAGGACAAUUUGAAAGUUGUUGAUUUUACACUGGACCAUGAAGAUAUGUCAAAAUUGAAGAAUUUGGACAGAAAUGUGAAGUUCUUUGUAUUUACAACUUUCCAAAACCAUCCUGAUUUUCCAAAGCCUGGGGAGCCAUACUAGUGUCAACUGCAUUUAACACAAAGUUGAAACAAAUUCUAUUUAGUUUGCAUUUAUAAAUCAUCCAUCUUGACAAAUUUUGUGGUGCUGUUUUAUCCAGUCCAAUGUGCAAUAAGCUUUUAGCAUUUCUUUAUCUCCCUUUGUUUUUACUUAAGACUAUCAUGACACAAAUGUUAAGGGUGUUAGAAUAUGGUACUGAACUUAAAUGUGUAAAUCACUAAAUACUGUUGAAAAAAAGGUAUUCAAUGAAUACAUAUUCAUUGUCCAACAGAUCCAUUACACAUUGAUUGUUCAGAACUCUGUUUAAAAGUUAACUACGUUUUUAAAUUUCAAAUUUUUAUUUCUCUAGGUCAUGUCUCUGCUUAUUUGGGUUUAACAUUAUGUCAUCGUCGGAGGCGUUGGUUAAGUUUUGCAUUUAGGUCACUUACAUGGAAACUAUCAAAGCUAUCACUUUGAAACUUGGGGAACUUGUUCAUCUAAUGCCCUUCUUCACAUUGUACCAGAGUCUCACCUGUUUUUCUUUGGCUAAAAACAUGAAUUUUGAUGGAUUUUGGUUGAUUUUGAGAAUUGGAUUUUUGUUGGCUUUAUUUUAAAAAAGAUUCACAGACAAUAAAUGGGUCAUGCACUUCAAUAUAUCAAAUGGGUUUUUGAGUCACACAUUUGGAAAGAUAGGGGAUAUUUUAGUAUUUUGAAGUUUGGUGCUUGGGUCACUUACCUGCAAACUAUCAAAGCUAUCACUUUCAAACUUUGCAAUACCUGUUCACUAUCAAAUGUACAUGUAUGUUAAAGGAUAAAAUCAGACGAGCAUUCAGCACCCACAGGUGAAUAGAAAUAGUUCACCUUGAAAAGUUAAAAAUGAUUCUGAACAAUCGGCACAAUGGAUAGCCUGUGGGCAACCCAAAACGAUUACCGGUAUGCAAACAAAAUCAUGCAAGCCAGUCAAGCAAGUUUGAAAGUGUUAAAUCCUGAUGCCUUUUUUUUUAUUAAUUACAUCACACUCAUUGUGCAAUAAUAGACUAGUGAAUGUUCCAUGCUUGUGUCUACAUACAUUUAAGGUGUCUGAUACAUUCUACAUUUAUUAGAUUUAUAGUAUGCAUUUUAAUUUUAAUUGAUUUUUAAAGUGGCAUUUAUUCGUUCAUUACCUACAUGUAUAUAUUAAUGUUUUAUACAAGUUACUUCCAAUUUUUUUAAUAUACAAAACAAAGGAUUCUCAAUAAGUUUUGGUUGAACUGUACCAAAUACAAAAGUAACUGACAAGCUACUGGUUGAAGAAAAGUGCUUUUUGGAAAAAAUGUUUUUUAGAAAAUUUGAGGCGACAUUUAAGUCAUUUAAACCGUCCAGUUUAGGUUGCCGGCCUGUUCUUAUUGAGAACCCUGAAUACAUGUACCAUUCAUAAUGUUCAUGCCUCAUGUUUACAAGACUUGAUGGUCAGUAUAUACAUAACUUAAAAAUCAUAGAUAAGCAAUAAAAAUUGCAUAAGA